AUGCCUUCUCCAUCAAAUAUCCUAACCACCCUCGUCGCGCUGGCCGCGACAGCCUCCGCCGUGACGCCGGUCGUGGUGGACGGAAAAGACUUUGUGAACAGCGAGACAAAAGAGCGAUUUCCCAUCAUUGGUGUUGACUACCAACCUGGAGGCGCAGGCGGCUUCAGCACGAAAAAAGACCCCUUAAGCAGCCCCAAAGACUGUCUCCGGGAUGCAGCAUUAAUGCAGCGAUUGGGCGUUAACACAAUCCGUGUUUACAACCUCUCUCCGACUCUGAACCAUGAUGAAUGCGCGUCUAUCUUCAACGCUGCUGGUAUCUACAUGAUCCUUGACGUGAACUCGCCGUUGCAGGGCGAUAACCUCGAUCGCACGCAGCCAUGGAAUAGCUAUAACCCAGGAUACUUUGAGCAGGUCUUUGGUAUCAUUGAGGGGUUUAAGGACUACCCGAAUACGUUGGCGUUUUUCUCGGGGAAUGAGGUUAUCAAUGAGCAGUCUGCGCAUGCUGUGCCUGCUUACAUUCGCGCCGUGCAACGCGAUAUGAAAGCCUACAUCUCGAAACACGCCACCCGCUCCAUCCCCGUGGGAUACUCCGCCGCCGACGUUCGCAACAUCCUCCUCGACCAAGCAAACUAUUUCCAAUGCGACAUCAAAUCCACCGACUCGCGCGCCGACUUCUUCGGCCUAAACUCGUACUCCUGGUGCGGCGACUCGGACUACCACGCCUCCGGCUAUGAUGUACUCACGGAGGAUUUUGUGAAUUCCUCGUUCCCGGUCAUUUUCUCCGAGUAUGGGUGUAAUGCCGUGCAGCCGCGGAAGUUCUCUGAGGUGCAGGCGUUGUAUGGCGAGAAAAUGAGCACGGCGUUUGCGGGCGGUUUGGUGUAUGAGUAUGCGCAGGAGGAGAAUGACUAUGGGCUUGUUGUUGUUGAUAGCAACGGAGACGCGAAGCUGCGGGAGGACUUUGAUGCGUUGCGGGAGCAAUAUAGCAAACUUGAUAUGCAGCGGCUCAAGGAAGCGAGUAAGGCGCAUACGGACGCUGAGCCGGUGGAGUGCAGUUCGAGCCUCAUUACGAGUGGUGAAUUUCUGGACUCUUUUGAGUUGCCCGAGAGGCUGGAGGGUGUGCAGAAGUUGAUUGAUAAUGGGUGUGGUGGCAAGGGUGGGAAGAUUGUUGGCUUUGGAGGGAGGGAUGUUACGCAGAAGAUCCAUGGGGCUAAUGGGGAGGAGGUUUCGGGUGUGAGCUUGAAUGUCAAGGAGGAUGAAUCUGGGAAGAAGCCCGCCACAGAUGACAAGGACAGUGAUGACAAGGACAACGACAAUGAGGACAAGGAUAACAACGAAGAUAAGGAUGAGAAGAACGAUGAGGCCAAGCACGAGGACAAGGAUGAGGACAAGGACGACAAGCACAGCAGCAAUGAUACCAACACGAACGACGAUAAUGACUCUGCAGCCGAGACCACCACCCAGACCCCCCAGACCACCCAGGCCCCUGAAGCCACCACCUCUUCUUCCGCUACACAAUCCACAAUUACACCAACCCCCUCCACCCACAACGCUAACACCAUCUCAACCCCUAACUCGAGCUCGAGCUCGAGCACAAUCAUCCACGCUACCGCCAACGACGCAAGUCCCAGCGCAAGCCCGACCCCGACAUACUACACAGGCGCCGGUAGCAAACCGUCGUCUUCUAUGCUGUUCAGCCUUUUGAGUGGUGUUGCGGGGUUGGCUGCUUUGCUGUGA